CCAGUCUGGCAACACUACCCGAGCAGAAUGUUCACCAAAAUUACAAGGAGUUCGUAUAUUGCUUUCUCACGUGUACUUGGUAGGCGUUUGUUUCAACCGACUUGUGCAGCGUCAGCAAAACAGUUUUGCAUCACUUAUAGAUUUAUUCAAAGCCAAAGCUUACGAAAAAAAUCUGAAAACAUGCCUUUGUUUGAAACAGUUGCCAAAGGAGCCGUAAACUCGCCGAACUAUAGCCUUUAUUUCAAAAAUAACUGCGGCAAUGUCAUUUCGCCAAUGCACGAUAUUCCGUUAUAUGCCAACGAUGACAAGACCAUCUACAACAUGGUCGUGGAGGUGCCACGUUGGACGAACGCCAAAAUGGAGAUUAGCUUGAAAACGCCUUUGAAUCCCAUUAAGCAGGACAUUAAGAAGGGUAAACUGCGUUUUGUAGCUAAUUGUUUUCCACAUAAGGGUUACAUUUGGAACUACGGCGCUCUGCCGCAGACCUGGGAAAACCCCAACCACAUUGAACCCUCCACUGGCUGCAAGGGUGACAAUGAUCCCAUCGAUGUUAUCGAAAUCGGAUAUCGUGUGGCCAAACGCGGCGAAGUGAUGCAAGUUAAGGUCCUCGGCGCCAUUGCCCUUAUCGAUGAGGGCGAAACCGAUUGGAAGAUCAUUGCAAUCGAUGUGAAUGAUCCAUUGGCUUCCAAGCUCAACGAUGUAUCCGAUGUAGAUCAAUAUUUUCCGGGUUUGUUGCGCGCCACCGUUGAGUGGUUUAAGAUCUACAAAAUACCCGAUGGCAAGCCAGAGAAUGUAUUUGCAUUCAAUGGUGAUGCAAAGAACGCGGACUUUGCCACCACUAUCAUUGCAGAGACACACAAAUUCUGGCAAACGCUGAUCAAUCAGUCCAAUGUGGGCACAAACGAUAUCGCCUGUCAAAACAUUACCAAUCGUAAUUCCGAAUUUGUCAUUGGCAAAGAUGAAUCUAUUAAGAUUCUGAGUGAGGCUCCCGAUGGUGGUGAAGUCGAGGAUAUACCGGAUACAGUCGACACUUGGCAUUUUAUACAUCUCAAGUAAAUUGCAGAAUUAUCAAAAAAUAUGAUCGAAACGAUGUAAAACUUAGAUAUUGGAAAAACUCACAAA